CUCCAGCCAGGCCGGAACCCCUUGCGGCGGCCAACGCGCCUCGCCGGAAGCGGACGUCGGCGGACGCGCAGACCGCGCACGCGUAGCCAACAUGGAGGCGUCCUCGCGCGUUCUGGCAGGGGCGCGCCCGCUGCUGAGGCGGCCCGGGACCGGGCUGAUUCCACGGAGGUUGCGGCACAAGAAAAAAUGGGCCUCCACAGAGCCGAAGUUCUCCUCAACCCGGCUGGCCCUGCAGAAUUUUGACAUGAACUACAAGGUCCAGUUUGGAGACCUGUGGCCCUCAAUCCGGGUCAGCCUUCUCUCGGAGCAGAAGUAUGGGGCGCUGGUCAACAACUUCUCCACUUGGGACAAAACCACCUCUGAGUUAGAGCAGCUGAAGGCCAAAGAUUUUGUGAUGGAGGCACAGAGAAGGGUGCAGCAGAAGGCCCUCCCUGAAGAACCCAGUGCUCUGGUCCUUCCUCCAGAGCUGGAGACACCCCCCCCCUCAGCAGCCCCCUGGCCCUGGAGCCCUAACCUAUGCUGUUACACAUUUACCAGAGGGGACAUCAGCCGCUUCCAUCCGUCCAGGGUCGGCAGCCUGGGUGUUCUUGACUACUACCUCAUGGAUGCAUCCUCCUUGCUGCCUGUGUUGGCUCUGGGUGUCCAGCCAGGUGACACCGUCCUUGACCUGUGUGCUGGGCCGGGUGGGAAGACGCUGGCGCUGCUCCUGACCGGCUGCUGCCGCCACCUGGCAGCUAACGACAUCUCUGGCUCCCGAACCCAGCGGCUGAAGCAAGUUCUGCACAGCUACGUACCCCGGGACAGGAACCAGGUGCGAGUAUCCCAGGAUGGUAGGAAGUGGGGAGACCUGGAGAGCAGCACCUAUGACCGGGUGCUGGUGGACGUGCCCUGUACCACUGACCGGCACUCUGUCCUGGAGGAGGACAACAACGUCUUCAAGCGUUCGCGGAAGACGGAGAGCCAGAUGCUGCCCAUGCUGCAGGUGCAGCUUCUGGUGGCCGGCCUCCUUGCCACCAAGCCCGGAGGGGUGGCCGUCUUCACCUGUACCCUCUCCCACCUGCAGAACGAGUACGUUGUGGGCGGGGCCAUCGACAUUCUGGCCAAUGAGUACCAGACCGACGUCCAGGUGGAAGACCUGAGCUGCUUCCGGCAUCUCUUCCAAGACACCUUCUCCUUCUUCCCGUCGUGCCGCAUGGGGGAGCUGGUUCUCCCUGUCCUUUGGGCCAACUUUGGACCCAUGUACUUCUGCAGGCUACGCAGGCUAACUUAGCGGUUCAGCAUCCUGAGCCCCCUUCUGCAGCACAGAGUCUCCGGGAGGACCUGGGAGGGGUGGUGGGAGACGGCAGGCGAUGGCAGAGCUCACCCCCCCCCCACAACCCCUUAUUGUGGCCCAGGUGUGAUUUGCCUCAAUGUCUCCUGUAAAUGUGGGAGCAGAGGAGGGGCAAGGCCUCUGCCCAGGCAGAAGGAGCGCGGCAGGAGGCU